GAACGUAAGAUGGCGCACAGUGAGAUCUGAAGAGGAAAACAGGGGAAAUAAUAGAGCGUAAUAUAUAAGAAAUCAAGGACACGGGAAAACGUAUUGCGAUAAACGACAAGGACGAGUGUGAAGUUUUUGGUACACAAAAACCUCCCGUCAGCACUGUGGACCGAUUGCCUUUAAGCUGGGAAGCUGAGCCGGUUAGGGUAGAUUGGAAGGGCCUGGCCGAGGUUGAGAGGGGGGGAGGCUUGCGGUGUCAUGAGCGAUUCAGUGGAGAACACCGUGUCGUUUGAAGAGUACGUGCGUGUGAAAGCUCGCAGCGUCCCGCAGCACCGCAUGAAGGAGUUCCUGGAAUCGCUGGCCAGCAAGGGCUCCGAGGCGCUGCAGGACUUCCAGCAGAACACAACCGCCAUGGUCUACCAGCAGGGGACGAACUGCAUCUAUACGGACAGCACAGAGGUGGCAGGGUCCCUGCUGGAGCUGGCCUGCCCGGUGCAGGUGCAGGUGCAGCCGUCGCAGCAGCAGCAGCAGCAGCAGCAGCAGGUGACAUCAGCACAGCUCUCCCCCCAGCUGGUGGCUGCAGUGCACCAGGCCUCUGAGCAGCAGAUACAAGUGCAGGUGCAGAUCCAGGGGCAGCAAGUACCCAGUCCCUCCCAUCAGCAGCUUCAGACAGGGGCCCCACCCACUGCUCAACUCGUGCAACAGGGACACAUAAAUGAAGACCACCAGCAGAUCCAAGCCCAGCUGGUGGCAGCAGUGGCAGGUGGCCAGCAGAUCCAGAUCCAGACGGUUGGGGCGCUGUCACCCCAGCAGCAGCAGCAGGCAUCUCCGCGGGAGGGGGAGAGAAGGGCGUCAGUGGGUGGGGUCCUGCAGCCAGCUAAGAAGCGCAAGGUGGACGUGCCGAUCGCGGUGUCCUAUGCCCUGCCUGGGCAGCAGCUGGCCACCGUGCUCACCAUCCCUCAGGGCCAGCAGAGCUAUCUGUCCCUGCGGCCCGACCUGCUGACAGUGGACAGCAGUCACCUGUACAGCGCCACGGGCACCAUCACCAGCCCCACGGGCGAGACCUGGACCAUCCCUGUCUAUUCUGCCCCUGCACAGCAGGGCGUGGCCCACAUCGCCCUUCCACAGGAGGCCUACGGCGCGGUGCAUCUCGCCCACACACCCGCUGAUGACAAGGACAAGAUGGUGGCAGCAGGCAAGGUAACCCCGCCGUCCUCCACCCCCUCCGCUGUGGUGGGGUCUACCACUGCGGCUACACCGGUGUCGUCCGCUCCCGUGACGGGCGCGCCUCAGGAGGAGGUGGUGCAGACGCUCUUCCCAGCGCAGUUCAUGAACGGGAACCUCCACAUCCCGGUGGCGGUGCAGGCGGUGGCUGCGCCGUACCCCAGCGGCGCCCAGGCGCUCCAUAUAUGGGACCCCCAGACAGGGAACACACAGGAGCAGCAGCUCCACCUGCAGGGUCAGGCAGUGCAUGUGGCAGAGGUGGAGCCCCAGCCCCAGGCCCCUGCCGAACUGCUACUGCCCAGCACUCUGAAGCCUGAGGAGGGCUUGGAGGUGUGGCGGCUGUGGGCUCAGCGCAAGAAUGCAGAGCUGGAAAAGGAGGCGCAUGCCAAACUGGCGCCCAUUGGCCGUCGGCAGCUCCUGCGGUUUCAGGAGGACCUGCUGUCGUGUGCUGUGGCGGAGCUUAGUGUGGGCUUGUCUCUGAUGACCCAGGAGGCGCGGGGGCUGGAAGGGGAGGCCUUUCAGCCUGACGUGCUGUUCUACAUCUUCCUUUGCAUCCAGAAGUACCUGUUUGAGAAUGGCAGAGUGGAGGACAUCUUCUCUGAUCAGUACUAUACACGCUUCACUCAGUGGCUGCACCAAGUGCUGGAGAACUGGAAACCCAGUGUUCACCCACUGGGCUAUGUCAUCCCCAGCCAUGUGACGGAGGAGAUGCUGUGGGAGUGUAAACAGCUGGGUGCACACUCCCCCUCCACCUUGCUCACCACUCUGCUGUUCUAUAACACCAAGUUCUUCCAGCUGAAGACUGUGGAUGAGCACAUGAAGGUUGCUUUCUCAAAGGUGUUGAGACACACCAAGAAGAAUCCAUCAAACCCCAAGGACAAGAGCACAAGCAUUCGCUACCUGAGGGGCGUGGGGCUGCAGCAGAUGGGGCAGAAAGUGACGGAUGACAUGUACGCAGAGCAGGCUGAGGACCCAGAGAACCCACUGCGCUGCCCAAUCAAGCUCUACGACUUCUACCUCUUCAAAUGCCCCCAAAGUGCAAAGGGUCGAAAUGACACCUUUUACCUGACGCCAGAGCCAGUAGUGGUUCCAAACAGUCCUAUUUGGUACUCCACACAGCCAAUCACACGUAAGCAGCUGGGUCACAUGCUCACACGCAUCCUCAUGGUGCGGGAGAUCCAGGAGGCUGUUCCCGUGGCAACAUGAAAUGUGCACUGAGGGGAGUGGUCUGGGUGAGGGCAGAGGUGUGUAGACAUCCCUUUCUUGCCUCACUCACCUGGGCAGAUGCCCCUCCUUUCUCACCUGGGUGAAAUUGCACUACAGGCAUCUCCACGGCAGAGACUUUUAUACACAUGGCAGAGGUACGGGGAGAGACUGUAAAUGACAUAAAUGAAAUGUACAGACUACACACACAGAGUACAGACUACACAAUAAACACAUAACUCUCCACACUCACUUGUAAACUCACAUACACAUACAGAUUCAGCCUGCUCUUAGGUCUGUAAGACCUAAGAGCGGUAAUAUGCACACUUGUAUUUUGUAAAAAAAAAAGACCACUGGGUUUUCUUUUUUUGUUCUUAUUUUUUAAUCUCUCAUUCCUUCUCUCCCUCUCACUUGUAUAUGUUGAUAUUGUAGUGUGUGAGGAUGGAGGUGAAGGUGGUGUUUACAAACAUGCCUUUUGUACAGUGACACCUUGUGUAUCUGUGUUUUAUUCUGCCAGCGGAAGGGGGGAUUUUUAUCAAGUAUGAAACCCUGGCUUAUUUCUGCAGUUAUCAGCUUGAAAGUAAACCCAGGCACAGAGAAACCAUGUAGCUGAAAUGCUGGAUGCAGGAUGGCAUUCACUUCCAGAUUUACAUUAAAGAACCUGAAAAAUACAUAUGAAACAGUAGAAGUACUGCUGUCCAUACUAAUCCAUGAUUUCUGCCUCAUUGAGAUGAGAAGAAUGGAACACUCAGGAAAAGUUUGGUGAAUUACUGUGUCCAGAAAUGGGCCUUCGUGAGACUCAGCAUAUGAUUGAGGUGAGCAGGGUACUGACCCUGCAGAUUUUUCUUGCAUCACUGCAUAGCUCUGAUUUAAGAACAGAACCCGUCUCUACAGGAAGUCAAACACAUAGAAUUCAGAUAAUAUGCAAGUAAUGUCGUAAAUAACUGACUGAUGGCCUUCUGAAUUGCUCAAUAUUAGAAACUGAGUGUAUAAAGAGUGAAAGUCGCCUGUAAGUCUAGACUCCUGCCACCAUUUAGCUGGUAAUAUUGUCAUUGUACCUCUGAGAAGUUUGUGACUUAUUGUGACAUUGGAAUAUAUAGAAUAAUUAUUACCGGGACUUCUUCAGUCUACAAAACUUCCCUUGAUUGAAACAAGGGGGAGUAUGGUGAUUUUGGUAACUGAGCCGAUUGGAGGAAUGAAACAUGCACAUCAGUUUCCAGGAACUUGCAGAUUAAGACACUAAAAGAGCAUGUCGCACUCCUGCUGACAGAUACCGCUUUGAUCACAAGAUAAUUCUUAUUAUUUUGUAAUAACCAAAAUGAAUAUGAGAUUUAUAACUGAAUUGUAUUACUACCAACAAAUGACAUUCCUGUGAGGUUGUUGUUUUGUUGAAUGUUAUGUUAAC